AUGGCCACUGAACUUUGUCCCGUCUAUGCGCCCUUCUUCGGUGCGCUGGGCUGCACCUCAGCUAUCGUCUUCACCUGUUUCGGAGCCGCCUAUGGAACCGCCAAGGCUGGUGUCGGCGUCUGUGGAAUGGCUGUGUUGCGGCCCGAUCUGAUCGUUAAGAACAUUGUCCCCAUUGUCAUGGCCGGUAUCAUUGGUAUCUACGGGCUGGUCGUGUCGGUUUUGAUUGCCAACGACUUGCAACAAAAGGUUGCCCUGUACACAGGAUUCGUUCAGCUGGGAGCAGGUCUCGCCGUCGGUCUGGCCGGUAUGGCAGCUGGUUUUGCCAUUGGUAUUGUUGGUGACGCUGGUGUCCGCGGAACAGCCCAGCAACCCAGACUCUACGUUGGCAUGAUUUUGAUUCUCAUUUUCGCUGAAGUCUUGGGUCUUUACGGUCUUAUCGUCGCCCUUUUGAUGAACUCCCGUUCCACUAUCGAGACCAAGUGCUAA